GCAACAAAUCCAGGCAAAUGGCUUCCCGUCAAACUUGGGGAGAAAUUGCGAAAGCAGUGCCGUUAUCAAAGUCCUGUGAACAUUUGUGGCUCUGGGAGCAAGUCCUGCAUUUAAGUCGUGACGUUAUCAUACGGUCCAUAAGUGUGCCGUCAAGGCUGCAUAGCGGCGGAGUCUUGCCAACAUGACUAUCUAUAGUAUUUAUGUGUUGUCAAAAGCCGGCGGGCUUAUCUUCAAUUGUGACCAAAACAUUCCUAAGAUUGAGUUGGAGAAAACUUUCAGCUAUCCUCUUCCAUACAAGCUUGUGUUUGAAAACAAUCGAAUUGUUGUUUCAUUUGGCCAAAGAGAUGGCAUAAAAGUUGGCCAUUCUCUGUUGGCCAUCAAUGGCAUAGCAGUGACAGGAAAGCAGCUGGAUGAUGGGAGGGAUGCAUUGAAGGUGCUGGAGGACCCAGAGCAGUACCCAAUCAGCCUCAAGUUCGGCUGGCCGCGCCUCUCCACCAACGAGAAGAUCUUCCUGGCCAGCAUGUUCUACCCACUGUUCGCCAUUGCCAGCCAGCUGAGUCCGGAGCCACGCAGCUCCGGCAUCGAGGUUUUGGAGACGUCAUCGUACCGGCUGCACUGCUACCAGACGCUGACUGGUGUCAAGUUCCUGGCCGUGGUCGACCCGCGCCAGACGGGCGUCGACGCGCUCCUCCGCCGCCUGCACGAGCUGUACGCCGACUUCGCCCUCAAGAACCCCUUCUACUCGCUCGAGAUGCCGAUCCGGUGCGAGCUGUUCGACACGCACGUGCGCAGCGCCCUGGAGCAGGCCGAGCGGCUGGGCGUGGCCAACGUGUGAGACGCGGCUGGCGGACGGGAGGCUUGGACAGAUCCGGCAGUGGCGCGGACGGGCGCUGGACGGUGCGCUCUGUGGUGUGGACGGGUGCUGGACGGUGAGCUCUGUUAUGCGGAUGGGCGGAGGACGGUGCACUCUGUGGCGCGGACGGGCGCUGGACGGUGUGCUCUGUGGUGUGGACGGGCGCUGGCCAGCGCGCUCUGUGAUGCGGAUGGGCGGAGGACGGCGCGCUUUGUGGCGAGGGUAGGCGGUGGACGGUGCGCUCUGUGGCGAGGACAGGCGGUGUACGGUGCGCUCUGUGGUGCGGAGCUGGCACCGGCGGCAGGUGGAGCCGGGACGCCUCCUGUGUGGUGCCUUGGCUGGGUCGUCGCGGUCAGUUCUUGGGUACAGUCUGAUGCGGAUAGUCGCCUGUUUGGCACCCGGCGGGCGACGGUGGACGUGGAAUGUGUCGCCGAGGCGGCGCGUUGUUACUAUAUUUGAUAUGCUGAAGUAGCGUUUCGACAUCUGCUGUUGGAGUCUAGCGUUGUAUUGUUAUGUAUUUGAGUUCGUGGAGACAACUCGCUGGGAAGAGAUCAGAUUGGUGAAUUGAGUCGCACCGUGCAGAAACGACGAACAGCAGCUCUCUCUGUGUUAUCUUGCUUUGCGAAAGGCAAGCACUGCGACAUUAUUAGACAUAUGUAUCGCGGACAUCACACAAGUCUUGGUAUAUCGUC